CCAAGACCACGAAUCUCGAAAUCUGUCCAGAGAAUUGAACCCCUUCACGACCCGCGCAGCAUCUAACGAUUCGAGGACUUACCUGCGACGCUUUCAUUCUUUAUUACCGAUUACAGCUGAUCACGACAUCCAAGUUUUGCAGAGCGGUCUGCCUCCGCUGGCUCGGAAAGCCACAUAUAUUUCUUCCUCCCCCUGACGGUACCCCCAUAGUCGGCAUACUGCUUGUCCACCAUGAGAUUAGACGUUAAGAGGCAGUUGUUCGCGAGGAGCGAGAGAGUCAAGGGGAUCGAUUUCCACCCUGUUGAGCCAUGGAUUUUGACGACACUCUAUAGCGGUCAUGUCUACAUAUGGUCAUACGAGACUCAGACAAUUGUCAAGACAUUCGAACUCACCGAUGUCCCUGUACGAGCUGGCCGAUUCGUUGCUCGAAAGAAUUGGAUCGUCUGUGGCUCAGACGACUUCCAACUCCGAGUCUACAAUUAUAAUACUUCCGAGAAGAUCACCUCAUUCGAAGCCCAUCCCGAUUACAUUCGAGCCAUUGUCGUACACCCCACGCAACCCUUUGUGCUGACAGCGUCCGAUGACAUGACCAUAAAGCUCUGGGAUUGGGAUAAAGGAUGGAAAUGCGUGCAGGUCUUCGAGGGUCACAGUCAUUAUGUUAUGGGCCUAGCCAUCAACCCGAAGGACACGAACACAUUUGCUUCAGCAUGUCUUGACAGGACGGUGAAGAUUUGGAGCCUGGGUUCCUCGACCGCCAAUUUCACACUGGAGGCACACGAGACCAAGGGUGUCAACCAUGUUGAUUACUAUCCGCAAUCUGACAAGCCAUACCUUCUCACAACCUCAGACGACCGAACAGUCAAAGUCUGGGAUUAUACUACGAAAUCCUUGAUCGCAACUCUCGAGGGCCACACAAGCAAUGUUUCUUUCGCUUGCUAUCACCCAGAGCUGCCUGUCAUCAUAUCCGGUUCCGAGGAUGGCACCGUGAAGAUAUGGCAUGCGAAUACAUACAGAUUGGAGCAGUCUCUGAGCUAUGGCUUGGAGAGAGCAUGGUGUGUUAGUUACCAGCGAGGAAAGCAGGGAGUUGCAGUUGGUUUCGAUGAGGGCGCGGUCGUUGUAAAGAUGGGCCGAGAAGAGCCAGCAGUAUCAAUGGAUAGCUCUGGAAAAAUCAUCUGGGCAAGACACAGUGAAGUUGUCUCGUCGAUCAUCAAAGGCGGAGACACUUCUUUGAAAGAUAACGAUCCUAUCACUCUUCCAACGAAGGACCUUGGUACCUGUGAAGUCUACCCUCAGACCCUUCUCCAUUCUCCCAACGGUCGAUUCGUAUCUGUUUGUGGUGACGGAGAGUUCAUCAUCUACACUGCUCUUGCUUGGAGAAACAAGGCUUUCGGUUCUGCGCUGGAUUUCGUAUGGGGAUCGAAAGAGAACAGCAACGACUACGCUAUCCGAGAAUCUCCCACAAGUGUCAAAAUCUUCAAAAACUUUGUUGAGAAACCUGGUGGCCUUGAUGUUGGAUUCCAGGCUGAAGGUUUGACGGGCGGUGUUCUACUCGGUGUUAAGGGUCAAGGUGGUAUUGGAUUUUUUGAUUGGCAGACUGGUGGUUUGGUUCGGAGGAUCGAGGUUGACCCUAAAGAGGUCUACUGGUCCGAAAGCGGAGAGCUGGUCUCAAUUGCCUGUGAAGAUACCUUCUACGUCUUGCGAUUUUCGCGAGAGAACUACAUUGCUGCGGUGCAAGCCGGAGAGGUUGAUGAUGACGGGGUAGAGUCGGCCUUUGAAGUCGUCACAGACAUCAACGAAACUGUGCGAACAGGAGAAUGGGUCGGCGACUGCUUCAUCUACACCAACAGCACAAACCGUCUCAACUAUCUUGUCGGCGACCAAACCUAUACCAUCUCUCACUUUGAUCAACCUAUGUACCUCCUUGGUUACAUCCAACGCGACUCACGGAUCUACAUCGCUGACAAGGAUGUCAACGUCACUUCAUUCUCUCUUUCUCUCUCUGUCGUUGAAUAUCAAACCCUCGUCCUCCGCGAUGAUAUGGAAUCCGCAGCAGAACUCCUACCUUCAAUUCCCACUGAUCAACUAAACAAAAUUGCCCGUUUCCUCGAGGGUCAAGGUCACAAAGAGCUCGCGCUCGAAGUCGCUACUGACCCUGAACACAAGUUCGACUUGGCACUUGCACUGGGUCAAUUACCAAUUGCUCUCGAGCUGGCAAGAGAGGCCGAUGUUGAACAUAAGUGGAAGACGGUCGGUGAUGCUGCUUUGGCCGGAUGGGAUAUUGCGUUGGCUGCAGAAUGCUUCAAGAAUGCUAAAGAUCUUGGCUCGUUAUUGCUCCUACACUCAAGUACGGGUGAUCGGGAAGGUCUGCAGGCUCUGAGCUCUCAAGCCUCUGCUGCUGGUGCCCACAACGUUGCUUUCACUUGUCUUUGGCAAUUGGGAGAUGUGGAAGGAUGCAUUGAUAUCUUGACCAAGACCGGAAGAGUUGCUGAAGCAGUACUACUCUCUCAGACGUACAAGCCAAGUUCCACGGUAAAGACAGUCGGUCUGUGGAAAGAGAGCUUGGAGAAGGAGAAGAAGGGAAGGGUUGCAAAGACGAUCGGUGUCCCUGGCGAAGACGAGGACUUGUUUCCCGAGUGGGAAGAGUAUCUCAAGUUAGAGAGCGAGGGUGGUGUUAAUCUGAUUGAUGUGAAUGGAACGGAUGAGGUUAAUGGUGAUGAACCGGAGCCCGAGGCUGAGGCGGCCGAAGAAGAUACAUUGAUCUCAACGGAGGCGUGA